AUGAUUAUUACGGUGCUCAACCAAAGUCAUUUUAUACACGAACUGUUUUUGACUCAUGAGGAAAAAUAAAACAAAAAUCAUGAAAUAACAACUUCAGCCAACUUGACGCAGUUCUGGCAGCACAUCUACUCCCUUUGAACUUUCACGAGCAAGCAUUCAACCGACAUCAGUUUGUAUUCUUAGAAGUCGUGAGUCGUCAAUGGUGUCUUGAUUUCUAUCAAAAUAGUAGCUUUCAUCGCUCUCGCGAUGCUGUUCCUGAUUAACGAUCGAGUCGCAGCUUCCAUGGACAUAAUCCAGGAACUAAAGGCCAAGCUCGAACCGUCUCGCCGCAAGCGGCAACUACCCAUUAUUGCACCUGGAUUCGAUCCAGCCUUACAGAGGAUCGACGUCUCAGGCCUCCACGAAUUUGUGCCCCCCGGCCCAGGGGACCAAAGGGGCCCGUGCCCCGGGUUAAACGCCUUAGCCAAUCACAACUACCUCCCGCACAACGGCGUGGCUACCAUUCGGCAAUUCACCGAAGCGACAAACAAGGUUUUCGGAAUGGGCUUAGAUAUCUCUCUCUUCCUCUCCGUGUAUGGCGCCAUCUUCGACGGGAAUCUGGAAAAGUGGAGUAUAGGGGGACCCAGCGAUGAAGUCAAGCUGGCGGCGUUUCUGAGUCAACCGCAGGGAAUCUCCUACUCGCAUAAUCAUUACGAAGGUAAUUCACUUUACAAAGAUUCCAAAAUCGGGGCACUGAAAAAAAAAUAUUGCUGA